AUGAAACGACCAUUACCAUACAACUGUGAAUGUAAAGUAUAUUGUGACAAGAAAGAGGAAUGCAGGGAGUGCACCACGGGUACGCCAGGACCAGCUGGACCUCCUGGUCCACUGGGGCCCGAAGGGGAGUCAGGGGCACCUACCCCUGUCACCUCGAACUGGAGACAAUGCUCGUGGUCAAGCAUCGAUGAUGGCACAGAUUCGGGACAAAUAAAGACGUGUGACUUUACAAAAGAAUAUUCGGAUACUGCUCUGUACGUCUCCUUCUCGGGUAACCUUCGGCUAGCUGGAUCAGGGACGGGCUGCUGUAGAUGGUAUUUUACCUUCAAUGGAGCUGAAUGUUCUAAUCCGAAUAGGAUCGAAGCAGUGGUAUAUGCUUCGGGAUAUGACAGCUAUAAUCUACAUCGACCAAGGAUUAUGAUGGGUUAUUGCUCUGGGAUAGGAACUGGAAGUGUGACAGUCGGAUUCAGUGUAGGAGCGUGUAGUGGCUAUGGGACCUACGACUGCUAUACCGGCUGGAAUAGCGCAAGCCAUAUCAUGAUUGAAGAAGUUACACCUUCACCAUAUGACUGAAGAGGGGUGAUGACAAAUUUUUGACGUUGAGAUUCAGACCUCGAAAAAUACCUUAGUCACGUUA